AUGUACUCGACGGAGGCGCGUUACUGGUGGAGUGAGGCGAGGUGGAGAUCAGUGGUAAGAUGUCAGCGCUCGUCAGGCCCCGCCCCCUUUAGGCUGCUGCCGUUGCGGCUGUCGAUCAGGCCCCGCCCCCUUGACGCUGCCAAUGCUGCCGUUGCUCUGGCGUCGCCUCGUGGACGCGUCACUGGGGUGCGCCGCAGCUGCCGCAUGGGGCGUGUCCAUGAGGAAGCUGGUCUAUGGUUGAUGUUGUUUCGGGGCCAGACUUGUGUGAAACACCUUCCUGCUCACACCUUUCCGUCUUCUCUCAAGAUGCAGAAGUGGGUCGUGGUCUGCUGGGCUCUCCUGGCUCUGGUUGGUGCUGAGGAGUGUCCGGAUGGAGGCAGAUGUGAAGACCAGGAUCACUGCUGCCCGAUGGGGACGGUCUGCAACGCGGCCACGUCCAGCUGCGUGAACUCCACGGGGUCCGCCGCCGCCGCCGCCCAGGUGGAGAGAGCUUCUGGGCUCUCCAAGUCCUUCAGGAUGAUCAAGGCGUACCUGGGGGAGGAGGACGACAGCGUGUGUCCGGAUGGGUCUCGGUGCCCGGCUGAGUUCUCCUGCCUGAGGGCCCUCACCAGAUAUGGCUGCUGUCCCUCAGAUCAGGGGGUCCCGUGCUCUGAUGGGAAACACUGCUGUCCCGAGGCCCACCAGUGCAGCGCAGACAGCCGCUCCUGCAUCAAAAAAGAGCUGGUGAGCACGGUGCUGUGCGGCGAUGCAGCGUCAGAGUGUCCGGAUGAAUCCACCUGCUGUGACACCGCAGAGGGAACGUGGGCGUGCUGCCCCCUGCCAAAGGCCGUGUGCUGCGAGGACAAGACGCACUGCUGCCCUGAGGGCGCCGCGUGUGACGUCCAACACAACAAGUGCACGUCCACGUCCACCAGAAAAGAGACGCCCAUGUGGGCCAAAUUCCCGGCCAGGAUGAGAGCAGACUGGGAAGGUGAACAAGUCACUGCAAAGGCAGCUGUUGAAUUCCCCCCCGUGAGCACGGUUCCUCCUCCAGAGACGGGCGACUCAUCCGUCACCGAGGCGGCUGCAGUCAUCGACGUCCCGUGUGAUGCUACAGCAGCGUGUGCAGAUAACAACACGUGCUGUAAAAACUCAGCGGGCAGCUGGAGCUGCUGCCCGCUGCCAGAGGCCGUCUGCUGCACGGAUUUAAUUCACUGCUGCCCCAAAGGGAAGCGAUGCAACCUGGCGGUGCAGAGCUGCGAUGACGACGAACGCUCGGUGCCGUGGGUCAAGAAGGUCGCCGCGACCCCCAGGCAGGAAGCGCGGGUGGGGAACGUUCCGUGCGACUCCACCCACUAUUGUCCCGAUGGCUCCACCUGCUGCAGGACUGAGACCAAUGACUGGGCCUGCUGCGGUCUACCUCAGGCCGUCUGCUGCGACGACCACGAGCACUGCUGCCCGACCGGCGCCGUCUGCAACCUGGCCACGCUCACCUGCGACGGCCCCCGGGGCUCCACGCCCAUGGAGCGGAAGGCGCCCGCCUUUUCCACGGCGGCGCCUGCGGUCGCUCCGACCCAAAGUCGCGGGGAGCCAGAGGAAGAGGAGGCGAAGGAGGCCCGGGAGACCGAUGAGGAGGAGAAUAACGAGGAGGAGCCCAUUCAGUGUGACGCCCACACCAGCUGCCCUCGGUCCACCACCUGCUGCUACAUGACCUCGUCUCAUCAGUGGGGAUGUUGCCCGCUGCCGCAGGCGGUGUGCUGCUCCGAUGGGGACCACUGCUGCCCCGUCAACUACCAGUGCGACGCCAAGAAGCCCACGUGCACCAAAGGGGAAGCGGUGAUUCCCUGGUACACCAAGCUCCCGGCCCACACCGGCGUCCGGGCCGAUCCCGGCUCUGUGGCGUGCGGCGGGGGGCGGAGUCAAUGCCCCGAGCAGACCACCUGCUGCCGCCUGCCGUCGGACGAGUGGGGCUGCUGCCCGAUCCCAAAUGCCGUGUGCUGCCCGGAUAAGGAGCACUGCUGCCCCCCGGGCUACACCUGCAACACGGCCUCCAACUCCUGCCAGAAGCUCAUCCUGCUGCAGCUGGAGACCGUGCCGCUGACGCGGGUGUAUCUGCCCGAGCGUCGCCCCGCGCUCGGUCCCUCGGAGCCCAGAGACGCCCCGUGUGACGAGCUGAUCGGCUGCCCGGAGGGAAACACCUGCUGCAGGACCUCCGCCAGCUCAUGGGGCUGCUGCCCGUCUCCUAACGUAUGAUAUGCAGGACAUUGUUUAACAACAUGGGAAUAUAUUCACAUUUUAUUUCUUGCAGAGAGCUAGAUGAGGAGAUGUGUACCAAUCUUAUGUGUCUAUGAUUAGCGUAGCUGAGCACAAAGAGUAGAAACAAGGGGAAACAGCUAGCCUGGCUUAGUCCCAAGAGAAUAAAACUAACCUCUAAAAGCUCAUUAUCAGCACAUCAUUUCUCAUAUGUAUCUUAUAUCAACGCUUUCACCUGAUACUCAGCUAAAGGAGAAGGUCAAUUAGAGCUAAUGAUGCCCAAAGGAGGAUAUUUUAUAGAUCUUUUAGUUUUUCAGUAUGACAGUAUUUUAGAUAUUUCACAACUGCACUUCAGUGCACUUUGAUUUUACGCUCCUUUUAUUUACCGUUCUGCUACAUUUCAGAGGGAAAGUAAAGAAAGAAAUAAAAGUUGAAAAUAAUAACUAAAGGCAAAACAAAAUAAAAGAUAAUUAGAAUAAAAUAGAAAAUUAAAACCGAAAAAACAAAAGUAAAGAAAGAAAUAAAAGAUGAAAAUAAUAACAAAGUCUAAAAAAUAAAAUAAAAAUAAUUAGUACAAGAAAACAGGAAAGGAAAACAGAAAAACUAAAGUAAAGAGAGAAAUAAAAUAAUAACAAAGGCAAAACAAAAUAAAAAUAAUGAUAAUAAUAAUGACAAUAAAACAUCCAACCCACUAUAUAUAUAUAUAUAUAUAAUUGUAUUUCUCUCUUGACUUUAGUUUUUUCUGUUUUACUUUCCUGUUUUCUUGUACUAAUUAUUCUAAUUUUAUUUUAUUACUGCCAUUUCUAUUCGGCAUGAUGCACUAAUUCGAAAUAAUGUAAAAGGGAUUUUUAAAUUAUAAUUGUUGUGGUGAAGGUGACGCUGUUUAAUUGUAAUUUUAUCAUUUCAAAUAUAUGUAUAUUCACCUCAUGAUAAGCGAAUCCUCUUCAGAUUUUUUAGGUAGUAGAUAUAUUGUAAUCUGUAGUGAGAUAUUAAUUUGAAGUGUUUUUAGUUUUGUGCAUCUUGUCCCUUUUUGAAGAUUUCAAACACGCCAUGAUGCAAACAUAAGGAGAUGAUCUGAUGAAUCUGCAUUAAAAUAAUAGAGACAUAACAAGCUCCAUUUGCAUUAAACUAAUAAACAAGACGUGUGUUACAAUAUU